UUACAGAAGAAGUGCAAAGUUGGGAAAAUCUAAUUAAUGAAUGGAUUGAGUUUGGAAAUCGUGAAAACCAAUUUGAAGAUCGGGACGAUGAAAUUUUGAUGACAAGUGAUUGGGAUACAGAUUUCGGUUUAGGGGGACGAGAAAAACAUCCUGCUGAUGACGAAGAAGCCAAAUGGCCUUUAGAUUCGCUUUUUAUUUCUUCUUUAGAAACACCUUUGUACUUCG